AUGCGGGCGCGUCUACAAGGCCAAAAGGUCGCUAUGGAGGCACCAAAAGUACGAAUGCCAGCACCGUCUAAGGUUCCGGUGCCCGUACUGCCCGCACAGUACCCACCGCAACAACAACCUCAAGAGGCACAUAGUUUGUCUUCACCAAACCCUUGUAAAACUUCCCGAUUAAAUCGCGGCAUGCCGAUGGGCGUGCCCGAACUGCGUCAGGUCCUACAAGCGCAAAGGGCACUUGUACCGACAUCUGCGCCAAGAGUGCAACGUGGAACCGCAGUUCCAGUGCGCCGUCUGCUUCAAGUCGUACCGGCACAAGCACGUGCUCGACAAGCACUCGUGUUUCGGACGCGUCCGCCAUAA